AUGAAGGAAAGCAUGUCCAACAACACCACCAGCAUCUCACAGGCCAGGAAGGCCGUGGAACAGCUCAAGAUGGAAGCUUGCAUGGACAGGGUCAAGGUCUCCCAGGCAGCCGCUGACCUCCUGGCCUAUUGUGAAUCCCACCUGCGGGAGGACCCGCUCAUCACUCCCGUGCCUGCCUCUGAAAACCCUUUCCGGGAGAAGAAGUUCUUUUGUACCAUUCUCUAA